GGUAGGCGAGAAAUUAAGCAAAAUCGGGCCGAUGUAACAGAUAGAGAUCACAUAUAUUGCAGUGCAUAAUAGAGACGGCGUACAAUAGAAUAAGAAAAGAAAACAAAUAGCAGUUAACGUAAGACGGAAAGACAAAGCGAUAAGGAGUUGACAAAAAAAUUAAUAAGCCGGACGCGGGAAUUAUCUCAGUUCAUACCAUAAUUACGCCACACGCGCCGACUGGCUCCGCGCGAAGCGCGGCAGCCAAUCACACGCGUUCUGAACGGCGCGGCACGCACGUGAACGCCGAGCCUUCGCUAAGGCGAAUCUAGCAAUUCCGAGACAAAAUACGGUAAUUAUGAAGGAGACGGUCCUUCUCACCGAAUUUGAUAAAAUUUUACAUAUUUGUUCAUUUUGAAACAUACAUUAAGAAUCUAAAAGAAAAAAUCGUCGCUCUCAAGGGGAUAAAAAGUUAUAAAGUAUUAAAUAACGACGUUUGUGAGGUUAGGAAAUCUGUCACACUGAUGGCACAGAGGGACAUUGAGAAUGUGUAAGUGCGUGUAAGUGAGAUAUAGUAAGUCACGUGAUAGCUCUCUGAUUGGUAAGUACGAAGUAAAACAUAAUUUAAAAUGAUUUCCCUCUUUUUCCAUAAUCCUUUAUCCUUUAUUCAACUAUUUUGCCAUCUUAUCAACAUGCAACUGCACGACUUUUUGGCAGUGACGCACAACAAACAGCAACUAAUUGACUUUUUAAUCUUUCAUAAUUUAAUAAGUAGUGAAAUAACGUGUCCACGGUGCAAUAAUAUAGUAACAAUUAAUAAAGAGAAGCUAUUAUUUUAUUGUCGCAAAGUAUAUUACGAGAAAAAUAAACAUAAAAAAAAUGUAAAAAGACAAUGUGAUUUUAAGGCAAGUGCAAAAGUGGAUACGUGGUUUAGCAAGUCCAAAUUGAACUUAGAAACGGUAUGCAGAUUAACUGCAUAUUAUAUUAUGUUGAGGCCUCCACGACAACAAUUUUUAUGCACAGAACUGCAAAUUUCUGAGCAUUCGGUAGUCGAUUGGAUUUCUUUUUGCCGAGAAGUUUGCAUCAAUUGGGCUGAGAAAAAAUCUACCAAACUUGGAGGACCCAACAUAAUCGUAGAAAUUGAUGAGGCUAAAAUCGGCAAAAGGAAGAAUAACUGUGGCCGAAUCAUUGAAGGCAAAUGGAUCUUUGGUGGGUAUGAAAGAGGUACAAAAAAAGUAUUUCUUGUACCAGUACCGGAUCGCACCCAAGCAACUCUUCUUCAUUUAAUAAAAGAGUGGAUCUUACCUGGAACAACAAUAAUGUCAGAUUGUUGGAAGUCGUACAACUGUUUAAACAGUGAAGGCUUCCAACAUCUGACAGUUAAUCAUUCGAUGAACUUUGUUAAUCCAGAUACUGGUAAAUAUAGACAUUUUAAAUAUGUAAUUAACAAAUUCAUAUGUUGACGUAUUUCCUAUAAACAUAUAAAUACAUAACAGUAUUAUUUUAUUGACAGGAGCCCACACUCAACACAUUGAACGCGUUUGGAGAGAAGUAAGAGCAAAUAUCCCACGAUUUGGGACUGCACAUUUAGAGGGAUACUUAGCUGAAUUCCUUUUCAAACGCGUUCAUCAAUAUGAAGAACGUUUACCUGCUUUUUUCGGUGCAAUUGCAGAAUUAUAUCCACCAAAGAUUUACAACAGUGAUAAUUUAGAGACUGCAGAUACUUAAUUUUAAGUUUAAUGAGUUUAUAGUUAUUGAAGCACGUUAUAUCUAUCAGCAUAAUCUUAAAAUCACAUUGUCUUUUUACAUUUUUUUUAUAUUUAUUUUUCUCGUAAUACACUUUGCGACAAUAAAAUAAUAGCUUCUUUUUAUUAAUUGUUACUGUAUUAUUG